UUAUUUUAGUUCACAACAUUGUAGCAAAAAUGUUUUUAUUUACACAGAAUUACAUUCUUUUUUCUUUUUUUGAGACGGAGUCUCACUAUGUGGCCCUCGGUAGAGUGCCGUGGCGUGACAGCUCACAGCAACCUCAAACUCUUGGGCUUAAACAAUUCUCUUGCCUCAACCUCCUAAGGCGCCUGCCACAACGCCCAGCUAUUUUUUUGUUGCAGUUAUUUAGUUGGCCCGGGCUGGGUUCAAACCCACCACCCUUGGUGUAUGAGGCUGGCACCAUAACCACUGUGCUAUGGGCGCUGAGCCCAUUACAUUCUUAAUUUACAGAGCAUUGCUUAUAAAUUGUAUUAGUGAUACCAAACUGAAAAUCCUAGCAGCAGCAGGGGAUUUUAUGCAACAAUCAAGAAUGCAGGUUCUGGAGUCAAACCUCGGGUCCCAAUCCUGACUGCUUCGAUAGCAAUUACCUAUGGGACCUGGAGCAAAUGCAGUCUCCUCAUCUCAGUGGAGAAAUAACCAUAGGACCUGGCAUGUUGUGAGGGUGAAGGGAGGUGAUGCAUGUACAUUACUUAGCAGAGCCUGCCAGGAAAAGUGCUGGCUGUGGUUACACUAGGGCAGCGGUUCUCAACCUGUGGGUCGAGACCCCUUUUUAACAAUGAAAAUACACUGUGGCAUUAGGAAGGUUGAGAACCACUGCUCUAGGGGAAGGUACAGCAAGCAGGCCUCAGAGGGAGUCUGUGAGCUCUGCAGCCAUCCUGUUGCUGAGGGCCACCAGGACUGGCUACUUUGCAAAUAAACCAAUAUAUUAGUUUCCUCUGGCUGCUAUAAUUACCAUAGACGUGGCUGAAAACAACCCAAGUUUAUAUCUUACAAUUUUGGAAGUCAGAAGUCCACUGUGCGUCCGCAGGGCUGGUUCGUUUUCCUGAGAGAAUCCCUUUACUUACCUUUUCCAGCUUCCAGAGGUGGUCUGCAUUCCUGUCCUGUGGCUUCUCUCACGGUGACCGUCACUGUGACCUCUGCUUCUGUCCUCACAUCUUCUCUGACUCUGAUCCUCCUGUCUUUCUCUUAUGAGGACCUUGUGACUACACUGAAUUCAUCCAGAUAAGUGAGAUCAUCUCCACAUCUCAAGAUUCUUCACUCAAAGGACCUGCAUCAUGGAAAUUCUUGCUGAAGCAAAUGGCACCUUUGCCAUUAGCCUUUUAAAGAUACUGUGUCAAGACAACCCUUCGCAUAAUGUGUUUUAUUCUCCCAUGAGUGUCUCCUCUGCCUUGGCCAUGGUCCUCCUAGGGGCAAAGGGAAACACUGCGGCCCAGAUGGCCCAGGUGCUUUCUCUAAACACAGAGAAAGACAUUCACAGGAGUUUCCAGUCACUUCUCACUGAAGUGAACAAGCCUGGCACCCAGUACUUGCUUAGAACAGCCAACAGGCUGUUUGGAGAGAAGACUUGUAAAUUCCUUUCAAUAUUUAAGGAAUCUUGUCUUCAAUUCUACCACGCCGAGCUGGAGCAGCUUUCUUUUGUCAUAACAGCAGAAGAGUCCAGGAGACACAUCAACACUUGGGUCUCAAAAAAGACUGAAGGUAAAAUUCGGGAGUUAUUGCUGGAUAACUCAAUUGAUGCACAGACCAGGCUGGUUCUUGUCAACGCUAUCUACUUCAAAGGAAGAUGGCAUGAACAGUUUGACAAAAUAUACACAAGAGAAAUGCCUUUUAAAGUAAACCAGAAAGAGCAAAGGCCGGUGCAGAUGAUGUUUCAGGAAGCCACUUUUAAGAUCGGCUACAUCAGCGAGGCGCGCGCGCAGGUGCUGGAUCUGCCCUACGCGGGCCGGGAGCUGAGCAUGCUGGUGCUGCUGCCGGACGACGGCGUGGAGCUGGCGGAGGUGGAAAGAAAUCUCACUUUUGAGAAAUUCAUGGCUUGGACCAAGCCAGAGUCGAUGAAGAGUACUGAUGUUGAAGUUCUCCUUCCAAAAUUUACACUGCAAGAGGAUUAUGACAUGGAAACUGUACUUCAGUGUUUGGGAAUGGUUGAUGCCUUUCAACAGGGCAAGGCUGACUUGUCAGCAAUGGCAGUGGAGACAGACCUGUGUCUGUCCAAGUUUGUGCACAAAAGUUUUCUGGAGGUGAAUGAGGAAGGUACAGAGGCUGCGGCAGCCUCGGGUUUAAUUGUUAUACAGGAUUGCAUGGAAUCUGGACCAAGGUUCUGUGCUGACCACCCCUUCCUUUUCUUCAUCAGGCACAAUACAGCCAACAGCCUUCUGUUCUGUGGUAGGUUCUCGUCUCCAUAAGGGGUGUGCUUACUGUGCAUGUGAGCGCUUCCCUCUUUGCAUGUCCCCAUAUCCCCCUACAGCCAAGUGCAAUUGUGCAGGCAAAAUUCUUACCCAUCUGAUUUCAGGCACUCAGCUCUGCUCAUAGCCACCACUCACUUAUGCCUCUGAAUCCAGGUAAAUCCAGCACCAGAACAGACCUUAAUGCCUCCCUGCUGUAUUUAAGAUGUAUCCCAAAUCCCAUAGCAUGGCAUGCCAAGUUUUUCUAGAAUUCUACAUGCAAUUCAUUUAAGUUAAUUCUGCUUUCCUGGUACCUCAAAACUUGUCACUUGGCUCAGUGCCCAUGGCACGGGGUUAUGGCUCCAGUCACACAUACCAAGCCUUGAUGGGUUUGAAUCUGGCCCAUACCAGCUAAACAACAAUGACAAUUGCAACAAAAAAUAGCCGGGCAUUGUGGCAGGCACCUGUAGUCCCAGCUACUUGGGAGGCUGAGGCAACAGAAUCGUGUAAGCCCAAGAGUUUGAGGUUGCUGUGUGCUGUGACACCACAGCGCUCUACCAAGGGCAACAUAGUGAGAGUCUGUCUCAGAAAAACAAAAAAACAAAAAAACUUGUCACUUGCCUUAACCUGUCUGAAUAGUUACCAAUGCUGCGAUAGUGCUACUAUUUUAUAGUUUUCUUGUUGCUUGGUCUUUUUAAAAAGUUUCUGUAAUGAACAUUUAUAUUUAUCUUUUUGCAAUAUUUACCCAUCACCAAGUACACACCAAACACUGCCUUAGCCACUUGAGUAGACAAAAGGGACAGGUCAUGGUCUUUGGGCAGCUGGUCUUUGAUAUCUGUGCCCAACUUAUAUCUAUUAUAACUUAUAUUUUUUACAAUUUAUAUCUAUUACAACUUGUAUAUGUUGCAAUAACCAGAUUGAACUAUUUAAUGUCUUCAAACUUGCCCUUCCAGGGUUCACACCUUCCUCUGUUAUUGUGUUUCUCUACUUCUAACAGUAAAAAUUCCAUUCAACUUUUAAAGCCCGUCUCAGAUGCCUUAUUUAAGAAGUUUUUCCUUUUCUCCAUAACCAGAUGCACAUCUUUAAUUCUCCUAGCCCACGAAAGACACUUCUCUCAUGGCAGUAGCUGUAUUUAUUAAUGUUUCUUUGUCCUUAAAAAAGUCCUCUCUUGAGACCUUAAAUUCAGUGAGGGUGGAGACUAUAGCUUAUGUAUCUGUGUCCAUGCCCCCGCCCACCACUGGUGCCCACUUAUCUGCUCCCUGGCCCAGUUGGAGCCAGGGACCACUCCCCCCGCCCUCCAGUCUAGACCUGGCAACCCUCUGCUCAGCGGCCCAAUUGUAGUCAGGCAACCACAACCCUGCCCGCAGGUCUCAGUUCACACCUGGAGGCUUGCCAGCUUUGUUGAAAUCAGGGGACCACGCCCUUGCCCUCAGGUCUCGGUCCACACCAGGCGAGCCUCUGUUUGCUGGCCCAGUUGGAGCCGGGGACCAGCCCCGCCUGCUGAGCUUAGUCCACACAGGGCAACCACUCUCCUGCUUGUGGGCACUGUCAGAGCUGGGGGUUCUGCAUCCCCUCCCGUCAAUCACAGCCCAAACCGAGGGUCAACACCACCACUGGCCGGGCAAAGUCCUAACCAGGGACUGCUCCUCCUCCCAUGAGUAUCCCUAUCUUCACCCUCUUUCUUUCCCACUAGUCACAGAUUCUAUCCUGAUGUUUGGCGGUUCACACUAUGCCCAGAUCUGUCAGGAAAAGACCAAACACUCUGUGCUUUGCAGGGGGCAGAACUUCAGACCACCAUGUGAGGGGGAAGGGUGGACUGGGAGUUAGGAAUUGUGCGGGAAAAUAUUUGUUCAAUUUUAUGCCUGGAGGGUGGUUUCUAGGUUUGUAAGUGGGACCUCCCUGGAGAAGGAGACCCAGUGUUUAGUGACUCUUUCCAGUGGCGUAGAUGAGAGGUCUUUUGUUCCCUGUUCCUGGCAGAGAGCCCAAGAUGGGUCUCUGGCCUACGGCCCGCAGGCCACAUGCAGCGGGGUGAUUGUAUUUGUUCCCGCUUUGUUUUUUUACUUCAAAAUAAGAUAUGUGCAGUGUGCGUAGGAAUUUGUUCAUAGUUUUUUUUUUUUAAACCAUAGCCCAGCCCUCCAACGGUCUGAGGGACAGUGAACUGGACACCUGUUUAAAACAUUUGAGGACCCCUGCUUGUACCUGUAAUUUGUUUUCUUGAAUGCUGUUCCUUGGAGUCACAGCUUGCUGAAAUUUUUUCUUGGCUUUGCUCCCCACCUUUGACUUCAUAGAGUCCGAUUCUGUCCAGUUUUUCUCCCUCUGAUCAGGAGCUUUAGCCAAGGGUUGCUACUAGUCAGUCAUCUUCCCAGAAUCAGAAUAUUUUUCCUCACUCCAAAAGGAAAGCCUAGACCCAUUAAGCAUCACUUCCCACGCCCUCCUCUCUCCAGCCCCUGGCAGUCACUGAUCUGCUUUCUGUCUCUAUGGCUUUAUCGAUUCUGUGAUAUUUCAUAUAAAUUGAAUCACAUAUAACUUUUUGUGUCUGACUGCUUUCAUUUAGCCUAAGUUUUGUGGUUCAUUUAGAUUGUAGUAUAAUCAGUGCUUCAUCCCUUUUUAUGGCUAAAUAACUUUCCGUUAUGGGAAUGUAGCACAAAUCGUUCAUCUGCUCAUCUACUGCCGGGCGUUUGUAUUGUUUCUACCUUUUGGCUAUUGUGAUAGUGCUGCUGUAAACACUCACGUAUAUGUAUUUGUUUGAAUACCUGUUUUCUAUGUUUGGGGUAUGUAUCUAGGAGUGGAAUUGCUGGGGCAUAUAGUGAUUCUUUGUUUAACUUUAUGAGGAAGAGCCAAACUGUUUUCCACAGUUGCUGAACCAUCUUCCAUGUCCACCAUCAUUGUAGGAGAGUUCCACUUUCUCUCCACAUCCUCACCAACACUUGUUAUUUUUCUUUCCCUUUUUAAACAAUAGAUUAUGGCCAUCCUACUGGGUGUGAAGUGGCUUUUAUUUUCAUUUCCUAUGUAGGGGUUAGGAACUACAGAGCAAACUAGAGAACUAACCAGAUGAGACAUCCAAUCUCAUGGGUAUGUGAUACUGAGUGAAAAAAGAGAUGGAAGUAGGCAUAUACUUCAGUACAUUUUAUGUAAAUUAGAAAUAUCUGCAACAUCCUAUAUUAUACAAAGAUAGACGCCAAUUGCCUUUCUUUUAUUAUUGGUGAAAAUUAUUUGCUAUAGAUCCUUGUUAAUUUCCUCUUGGUAGUUUCAAGAUAACUUUUCCCAUAGCAAUACCCAUCUUGAGAAAAGCUCUUACUCUAUGUUAGUCAGGGCAGUGGAUUUGAGGCUGCUUCUCUCAUUCUUUCUAUUAAAAUUUCCU